AUGGCUAAACAUUCUGCACAGCAGCGAGCGGUUUUGUCUAGUGUUGCCGCGGUGUUCGGUGCAGACACUCUGCCUCCGAUGUACCGGUUGGACGAAGAAGACGAGGAUGAAGAGGAUGUAGUGAAUGUGGUUGCAACGGAAUCGACCGGUGAUGAGUCAACGACGGAACAAGUGCCACCCCUCUCGCAACCGUGGAAUGACUGGCUUGCCGAACCAUAUGUGACUAUUCCGUCGCAAGAGGACGUAGUGCUCGAUGACGAUGUGUCGGAGAUUCCCGGACUUGGUAUUUUCUCUGGGAUGUCUGGACUGCCUCCUGCAGUCGGCUCCCCAGUCUCUGUCGCUGCAUCCACGCUUGACCCGACCGUCUUCGUCCCGUCUCACGUCGACAAUUUACGUCCACUCCCUCCCGGACCGGAGACUGAUGCCGCCCAAUUCGAACGCCUUUUCCGCGAGCUUGAAGAGGACUACCGCUCCGGUCAAGGGCAUGCUUUGGCCGACGCAGAAGCAUCCUCGUCUCCACGGCAGCUUGACGGUCCUCAAGCUAGGCCGAGCGACGAAGUCCCUGUCCAUGAUGCGGAUCCUCCGUUCAUGACGGACGGUCGAGGACGAGUCGUAUGGAGCAGUACUUCAUCAUCUCGGUCCCGUGGCCGUGGCCGUGCGGUCUCCUCAUCGGCGACUAUCCUUCCACAUACCAAGUCCACCAUCGACAUCACUCCCGCAGAAGAGAGUUCCGAAGGACAGUCGCAGCGGGACACUGAAGAUUCCAGGUUGCCGAGCUCCUCCCGUUCACUCGUCCGCCGACAAUCGGUUCCCCUGCUCGUCUCGGACGCGGGCGCGGGCGCGGAGUUUGUUACGGACGGACGGGGCGGCGUCGUCUUCGCCUCCAACAACCAUUGA